GUGGAGAGGCCGCCUUCAUAGAUGGUGAGCUCCUUGCUAAAAAAGAGCUGAACUUCAUCACCCAGUCCCCAAAGCCAGCAAGACAUGGGCCCUAUUUCCCGAAUCCUGGCACCUUUCAUUUAACCAGAAGACGCAGAGGGGAGCCACCACCCCUGACCAUGUAGAUGCCAGCUCCAGGGAGCAGCAUGGGCCCCACUGAAUGGAGACUCCUGGGUCUACAGCCCUGAGCCCCUCCGGCCCCUGGACGUUGCCCCGUGCCCAGGGACACCCCUUGGAGCUCACCACCGCUGUCGCCAGCCCACCUCGGCCGCCCCCUCCCCCUGGGACCCAAAGUCGGCCACCGGGAGCCACAGUCAUCCAGUGAGGUUGUGCUAAGGACAGGCACACGGAGCCAUCGCCCAGCAGCCUCUUGUCCAGCGCUGACUCUCGGGCCCACCCUGAGCAGGGACUGGGGCAAACAUGGGUGACAUGACCAACAGCGAUUUUUACUCCAAAAACCAAAGAAAUGAGUCGAGCCAUGGGGGCGAGUUCGGGUGCACAAUGGAGGAGCUCCGCUCCCUCAUGGAGCUACGGGGCACCGAGGCUGUGGUCAAGAUCAAGGAGACUUAUGGGGACACUGAAGCCAUCUGCCGGCGCCUCAAGACUUCACCUGUGGAAGGUUUGCCGGGCACCGCUCCAGAUCUGGAAAAGAGAAAGCAGAUUUUUGGGCAAAACUUUAUACCUCCAAAGAAGCCAAAAACCUUCCUGCAGCUGGUGUGGGAGGCACUGCAAGAUGUGACGCUGAUCAUCCUGGAAAUCGCGGCCAUCAUCUCCCUGGGGCUGUCCUUUUACCACCCGCCUGGAGAGAACAAUGAAGGAUGUGCGACAGCCCAGGGAGGGGCAGAGGAUGAAGGGGAGGCGGAGGCGGGCUGGAUUGAGGGGGCGGCCAUCCUCCUCUCUGUCAUCUGUGUGGUCCUGGUCACGGCCUUCAAUGACUGGAGCAAAGAGAAGCAGUUCCGGGGCCUGCAGAGCCGCAUUGAGCAGGAGCAGAAGUUCACCGUGGUUCGGGCUGGCCAGGUGGUCCAGAUCCCUGUGGCCGAGAUUGUGGUUGGGGACAUCGCCCAGGUCAAAUAUGGUGACCUCCUCCCUGCUGACGGCCUCUUCAUCCAGGGCAAUGACCUCAAAAUCGACGAAAGCUCCCUGACAGGAGAGUCUGACCAGGUGCGCAAGUCCGUGGACAAGGACCCCAUGCUGCUGUCAGGGACCCACGUGAUGGAGGGCUCUGGACGGAUGGUAGUGACUGCAGUGGGUGUGAAUUCUCAGACUGGCAUCAUCUUUACCCUGCUGGGGGCUGGCGGUGAGGAGGAAGAGAAGAAAGACAAGAAAGGUGUGAAGAAGGGGGAUGGCCUUCAGCUACCAGCGGCCGAUGGUGCAGCAGGCUCAAAUGCUGUAGAUAGUGCAAAUACCAGCCUAGUCAAUGGUAAAAUGCAGGAUGGCAAUGUGGACGCCAGCCAGAGCAAAGCCAAACAGCAGGACGGGGCAGCCGCCAUGGAGAUGCAGCCCCUCAAGAGUGCCGAAGGCGGCGAUGCCGACGACAAAAAAAAGGCCAACAUGCACAAGAAGGAGAAGUCUGUGCUGCAGGGAAAGCUCACCAAGCUGGCUGUGCAGAUAGGCAAGGCAGGACUGGUGAUGUCGGCCAUCACAGUGAUCAUCCUGGUGCUCUACUUCACCGUGGACACCUUCGUGGUCAACAAGAAGCCGUGGUUACCCGAGUGCACACCCGUCUAUGUGCAGUACUUUGUCAAGUUCUUCAUCAUCGGCGUGACGGUGCUGGUGGUGGCCGUGCCCGAGGGGCUCCCUCUGGCCGUCACCAUCUCACUGGCCUACUCUGUGAAGAAAAUGAUGAAAGACAACAACCUGGUACGCCACCUGGAUGCCUGCGAGACCAUGGGCAAUGCCACCGCCAUCUGCUCAGACAAGACAGGCACACUGACCACCAAUCGCAUGACAGUCGUGCAGGCCUACGUGGGCGACGUCCACUACAAAGAGAUCCCCGACCCCAGCUCCAUCAAUGCCAAGACCAUGGAGCUGCUCGUCAACGCCAUUGCCAUCAACAGCGCCUACACCACCAAGAUUCUGCCCCCGGAGAAGGAGGGUGCCCUGCCUCGGCAGGUGGGCAACAAGACAGAGUGCGGCCUGCUGGGCUUCGUGCUGGACCUGAAGCAGGAUUAUGAGCCCGUGCGCACCCAGAUGCCAGAGGAGAAGCUGUACAAGGUGUACACCUUCAACUCUGUGCGCAAGUCCAUGAGCACAGUCAUCAAGCUGCCGGACGAGAGCUUCCGCAUGUACAGCAAGGGUGCUUCUGAGAUCGUGCUCAAGAAGUGCUGCAAAAUCCUCAACGGGGCAGGGGAGCCCCGGGUCUUCCGGCCCCGCGACCGGGAUGAGAUGGUGAAGAAGGUGAUCGAGCCCAUGGCCUGUGAUGGGCUCCGCACCAUCUGUGUGGCCUACCGCGACUUCCCCAGCAGCCCGGAGCCUGACUGGGACAAUGAGAAUGACAUCCUCAAUGACCUAACCUGUAUCUGUGUGGUGGGCAUCGAGGACCCCGUGCGGCCCGAGGUCCCAGAAGCCAUCCGCAAGUGCCAGAGAGCGGGCAUCACAGUCCGCAUGGUCACCGGUGACAAUAUCAACACGGCCCGGGCCAUUGCCAUCAAGUGUGGCAUCAUCCAUCCUGGGGAGGACUUUCUGUGCCUGGAGGGCAAGGAGUUUAACCGGAGGAUCCGCAACGAGAAGGGGGAGAUUGAACAAGAGCGAAUUGAUAAGAUCUGGCCAAAGCUACGGGUGCUGGCUCGCUCCUCCCCCACGGACAAGCAUACCCUCGUCAAAGGUAUCAUCGACAGCACACACACCGAGCAGCGGCAGGUGGUGGCUGUGACAGGGGAUGGCACCAACGACGGGCCUGCACUCAAGAAGGCUGACGUGGGCUUUGCCAUGGGCAUCGCAGGCACGGAUGUGGCCAAGGAGGCCUCGGACAUCAUCCUGACGGAUGACAACUUCAGCAGCAUCGUCAAGGCAGUGAUGUGGGGCCGCAACGUCUAUGAUAGCAUCUCCAAAUUCCUGCAGUUCCAACUAACAGUCAACGUAGUGGCUGUGAUUGUGGCCUUCACAGGCGCCUGCAUCACGCAGGACUCCCCUCUGAAGGCCGUGCAGAUGCUCUGGGUAAACCUCAUCAUGGACACGUUCGCCUCGCUGGCCCUGGCCACUGAGCCGCCCACCGAGACCCUGCUUCUGAGGAAGCCAUACGGCCGUAACAAGCCCCUCAUCUCUCGGACCAUGAUGAAGAACAUCCUGGGCCAUGCCGUCUACCAGCUCACCCUCAUCUUCACCCUGCUUUUUGUUGGCGAGAAGAUGUUCCAGAUCGACAGUGGGAGGAACGCGCCCCUGCACUCGCCACCCUCAGAGCACUACACCAUCAUCUUCAACACCUUCGUCAUGAUGCAGCUCUUCAACGAGAUCAACGCCCGCAAGAUCCAUGGCGAGCGCAAUGUCUUUGAUGGCAUCUUCCGGAACCCGAUUUUCUGCACCAUCGUGCUGGGCACCUUUGCCAUCCAGAUAGUGAUCGUGCAGUUUGGGGGGAAGCCGUUCAGCUGCUCUCCGCUGCAGCUGGACCAGUGGAUGUGGUGCAUAUUCAUCGGGUUGGGAGAGCUCGUCUGGGGCCAGGUCAUCGCCACCAUCCCGACCAGCAGGCUCAAGUUCCUCAAGGAGGCGGGGAGGCUCACGCAGAAGGAGGAGAUCCCGGAGGAGGAGCUGAAUGAGGACGUGGAGGAGAUAGACCACGCCGAGAGGGAGCUGCGGCGGGGCCAGAUCCUGUGGUUCCGAGGCCUGAAUCGGAUCCAGACCCAGAUUGAAGUAGUCAAUACUUUCAAGAGCGGGGCCUCCUUUCAGGGGGCCCUGCGGAGACAGUCCUCCGUCACCAGCCAGAGCCAGGACGUAGCCAAUCUCUCUAGCCCUAGUCGCAUUCGCGUCGUGAAGGCGUUCCGUAGCUCUCUCUAUGAAGGUCUAGAAAAGCCUGAGUCUCGAACCUCCAUCCAUAAUUUCAUGGCUCACCCCGAAUUCCGGAUCGAAGAUUCACAGCCCCACAUCCCCCUCAUUGACGACACCGACCUGGAAGAAGAUGCCGCACUCAAGCAGAACUCGAGCCCGCCGUCAUCGCUCAACAAGAACAACAGCGCCAUCGACAGCGGGAUCAAUCUGACGACUGACACAAGCAAAUCAGCUACCUCUUCAAGUCCAGGGAGCCCCAUCCACAGCCUGGAGACGUCGCUUUAGCUGAGGACCCCGCCGCCACCCACCCCCGGGCCCCACCCAUCCAGGCACCCAGCUCACCCAAGCAGCAACGAGCAACAACAGGAAACCAAAUACUGGCGAGAAAACCAACAUUUCCACCCAAAAGACCCUUUUUCUGGCUGCGAUGCUGUUUGAACUCUUUUUCACUUUGAGGCAAGGGGUGGGAUCUCCUUGGGGAGGGGGGGCUUGUGGGAGUGAGCGAUUUUCCCAGAACAAGCCCUUCCUGGCUCCCGCCCGAACAUGGACCAGCCAUGCACCCGCCAGGCCACCACGUCCCCUGCAUGAAUGUACUGUGCACUUCCAGUCCUCCCCUUGUUUGGUUUGGGGGGGGUCGGGGAGGGUCUUUUGUUUGUUUUCUUAGGCGGGAACUGACAACAGACUCUUUUCUGAGACUAUUUAUCCAAUCGACUGGUCUGUGAGUUUUUGAAAUGCUUGCGCAGCAUGGUCUCAGUUGCAUAGGUUAAUUUAACAACUUUUUGAAACUGCAGAGCUUAACUCACCUAGUAAAUUUGCACCAAUGGAACCGAAGAACUUCAUAGACACUCACACGGUUAUAUCCAUUUCUUUGUAUCUAUAUCAACGUAUACUUCUGCAAGACCGUAUACGUCCAUAUAGAUAGGUAUACACACACACACACACACACACACGGAUAUAUAAAGUUUUUUUGCCGGCAUGUUGCCUUGUUUCCGCUUAAAUGCUCUAUUUUAACUUAUUUAUGUCCUAAAACAAGAAUGUAAUUUGUUUACAAACCUGUAGAUAACGUCUUUGGCUAUUUGUACGGUUUAAGAACACUGGUGGCUGAGAUGCUAUAAAGACAGCUCAGCCCAACAGACACUUCCCUGGAUUGCAUCCUUGAUGUUUUACAAUAGCCAUGCUCUGAUUUUUGCCUGCUGUUUCCGUUCAAUUAUGUCACUACCGCGGGAGGCUCAGGCAGACGCCAAAUGCUACUGAGUGUCCAUCCGGAGGGGGUUAACACCGUGCUCGUGCUCCGUAGACACAGGGAGAGGAGGAGAGAAGGCUUCCUAGGUUUGCAGCACUAACGGCCGGCCCGGCCCGAGGAGGAUGACGGGGUCCGCCAAGCUCUGGUUGAAGACUUUUCUCUCGAUGAAACUCGCUUGAGUUUACUAAGAGCAUUUCAAAAAAAAGGUUCUCUUUGGCACUGUCUGUACAGAGGUUGAGGUAGUGUUGCAAUAUUAUAAAUGCUACUGUGUUGUUUUUUUUUUUAGUAAUUUAGAGGUUUAUUUACUUAUAAAUUGCAGCGUAUGAGCUGUUGGCAUACUGGAUGAGGAUCAUUAAGGCCUGCUGCUUUUAUUUUUAUUUUUGAAGAAGAGUAGCCUUUUUCUCUGCACUAUUUAGAUCCGAACGAACCUUAUGAUGUGUAUAUUGAGAUGUAUUCAGUGUGAUUUUUAAACCAAAUUGUCUUCCUGUAGUCGCAAUAUAUACUGUAGCCUUUUGACAGCAAGUCUCGCUUUCCCAGACAGAAAGCCAUUCUGAAACCCUACAGUAUCACAGGUGAGAAAAGGUGGUUAUUUUCCCCCAAGACAAUAACAGCACUAGUAAUCCCACUUAAUGAGAGCUUAUUUAAUUGUACGUCAGCCUCUUAACUGCUAAGCACUUUGUGGGUAUCAGCUUUUUUCAUAAAAGAACUUUUGUAUUUAAUACAAAGUUUGCUUUGAGACUUUUCAGCAUACAAUCUUUUUCCAUAAACUUGUACAGUGCAAAAGACAUUUUGAAUACCAUGAUCGAUGACGUCCCAUGCUUCGAGGAAAACCAAACACUUUUCCACCUCGCUUGCAAAAUUCAUUCCUCAUACUGACCUUUCCCACAGUUGCUCUGUGUCAGCUCGGCCCUUCCCUUCUCCAGGCCCAGAGAAUUCUUCCACAAACAAGAUGAGAGCCACUCGGGAAAAGAGCCAUAGUCAGCUGGGAGGGCCUACGUCUGGGUGGCUGUGAAGAAACCUGAGGGUUUGGGAUCCCAAGUCAGCCCAUCCCACCUGGCAAAACCUUCCUGGAAGGAGGACCUUCCGUGUGUGAGAGCAUCACCUGAUUGUCGUGAAGGAAUAUCUCUGAAUGUACCCAGCAGAGGAAACUGCAUCCCCAAAGGGGUGACCAGCCCUCAGAUAUGCUUACUGGAUUCCAAUACAAACACCACAAAAAGCCAGCCCACUGCUCGCCUGCUGAGAAAGUAGAGACCGGCACAUGUAAAACAUGGAGCAGCCUUGGAACACGGUGUUUUUUUUGUAGCUUCCUUUCUCAAGGUUUUCCAUCUCCCCACCUUCUUUGUUCCAAUCUUGUGUCCAUGACCUCAUUCCACGACACCAGGAAAGCUGUGCUUGCACACCCAUGCUCCCUGUUUAUUUGGAGCCAGGACACAGGGAAAAACAGGAGGGGUUUCUCUGAGUAGAGCCUAGCUUGGAGAACAGGGAGCAGCGGAAGUAACGGAGGACACCCGACAUUAGCGUUGGUCUUUUCUUGUCAGGAAUGAUGGAUGCUCACACACACACACACACACACACACACAGAGGAAAUGAUUGGUUUGUCCAAACUCACUGUAGUACAUAAAGCUUGCACUCUGCGUCCUAUAUCUAGCAGCAUGGGGUACGUUUGGCAGUCCACCCCAUUAGGGGGUAAAUAAUUUAUGACCAUUCAUCUGUUUUUAUGAAUUUUUUUAUCUAGACAAUAACUGUAAAUAAAGAACUCACCGUCUCUUAUACACAUCUGACUCU